AUGCCCGAUACUCGCCAGCAGAGCUUCGACGAGAUCUACGGCCCCCCCGAGAACUUUCUCGAGAUUGAGGUUCGCAACCCCCGAACCCACGGCAUGGGGCGCAACAUGUACACCGACUACGAGAUCAUGUGUCGCACCAACAUCCCCGCCUUCAAGCUGCGCCAGAGCAGCGUCCGCCGCCGCUACUCCGAUUUUGAGUACUUUCGCGACAUUCUCGAGCGCGAAAGCGCUCGCGUCACCAUCCCGCCGCUCCCCGGCAAGGUCUUCACCAACCGCUUCAGUGACGACGUCAUCGAGGGUCGCCGUGCGGGGCUCGAGAAGUUCCUCAAGAUUGUCGUCGGCCACCCGCUGUUGCAGACCGGCAGCAAGGUCCUGGCUGCCUUUGUCCAGGACCCCAACUGGGACCGUAAUGCUUGGUGA